AUGAUCAUAUCAUUACUCCUGUCCUCGGUGCUGGGCUACCUGGUAUGGACCGUCGUCUGCCUCGAGGCCAACGUACGUAAGGCUCGAGCUCUCCAGGUCCCCGUGGUUCGUAUCCCCUUCAGCGCUGAAAGCAAUACCUUGGUGAUCUUCCAACCCGUCGUGUGGGCGGCCCUGAGCCGCUGCUUACCUAGUAUUCCCUGGAGCUCCUAUCCCGACUUCGUCCGCUUCUCUCACCGCAACUGGCACUUCCUCGAAAAGAGCCGACCCACGGAGCGUUUCGGGCCCGUAUGGGUCCUUGUGUCGCCCGCCGGCAUCAGCCUGCAUGUUGCUGAUCCGGAUGCCAUCGUGGAGAUAUACUCGCGAUGGAGGGCUUUCGUGCGCCCUGUUCAAAAGUACGUUGGUAUGGGAUGGAACAGUGCGCCAAACCCAGGGGAUGCUGCAAGACUGGGCUACCAGACACCAAGCAAAAUCACGAGUCUCGAAGGAGACCUGCGAGCGCUUACAUUCAACGUGCUCUCGGCGACGGCAUUUCAGGAGCCUCGAGAUUUGAAGAGCGGAAGUCCACAUGCAGCAGAACAUGAGCUGGCAGCCACGGCAUCCUACCGAGACACCCUGCUCGUCGUGCUCGAGAGCUCUAUUCUCCUGAUGCUGAUUCCCUACCGCCACCUCACCGGAGCCCUAGUACCCAAGAGCCUGGCCAGAGUCGGUCGUGCAGCCGCAUCCUUCAAGUCCAUCCUGAUGAAAGUGGUCACAGAAGAAACAGCCGUGCUCGACCGUGACAGCUCAACAAGCGGCGGCUUGCUGACACCACUAGUACGCUCUCUGAAGCCGCUGCUGGCUGCUGCCAACGAGGACGUCGCUAGUAGAGCCAAGAGAGGCGGGCUAUCAGCCGACGAGAUACUGGGUAAUACCUUUGCCAUCAACUUCGCAGGCCACGACACCAUCCUCAUCGCCCUAUCCUUUGCGUUGACCCUCCUGGUGGCGAAUCCGGACAUCCAGGAAUGGCUGCACGAAGAAUCAGUCGCCGUCGCAGAAGACGGCGAUGAUGGAUGGCACUAUAGCGCAUUCGCCAAGCUAAAUCGCUGCCACGCCGUGAUCCUCGAGACGCUGCGCCUCUUCGCGCCCAUCACGGGGCUGCCCAAGAUAGCCUCGGAGCGCGCAAGAGAGCUCCAGGUCGGAGACCGCGUGAUCCCCGUUCCCCCCGGUAUCGGGGUCUUCCCGGUUCUGCUCGGUAUCCAGACAGACGCGCGGUACUGGGGCACGGACCCCUACCAGUGGCGCCCGUCCCGGUGGAUCCUGAAUCCAGGGACGACGACGGGCGAUGAGAGACUCCUCGUGCCCCGGAAGGGCACCUUCUUCCCGUGGUCGGAUGGACCGCAGAACUGCGUUGGGAAAAAGUUAUCCAUGGUCGAGGGUGUCGCCGUGCUCGCCCGCUUGUUCCACCGGCAUCGCCUGCGCGUGGAGAGGGGAGUUGGCGAGACAGAUGCUCAGGCGAGAGAGAGGACGAGGGACUGUGCGGACGACGUGAAUUACAAUCUGUUGCUCAGGAUGAACCAUCCAGAGAGGUUGAGGUUAGUGUGCGAGAAGCGUGAAUGA